AUCGCAUGAUUAAUGGAAAAUGGCUGCUUCAGGGCAGCAGCGAGCAUUCGCUCAAAAGUUGAAUAAACAAGGGGCAGCUGAGGUGAGAAAGCAAGUAUCAUCCACUAUACUGUAUGCACCGUCUGAUCUUGCAAGAAGUGUCAGUGGUCUCAACCUCACCGUUCCACUCAGUGAUGUUGUUGACCCACCUGACUUUGAAGAUUUUGUUAUACAAAACCAGUGUACUGUUGAAAGAGAUCCUUUUAAAGACUUGAUAUUAUAUCCUGAAGAUGACAUUGAUGUCCACCCCUUGCCAAAAAGAUGUCGAACAGUCAACCCCAUCGUACCAGAGACUGGGUCUGAUGCAGAUGCACAUGUCUUUGACUGUGCACGGAGAUAUACUGCUGAUUAUACCACAGUGACACGCCGGUAUCAGCGAUACAGUUCAAGUGUGUGUAAUAAGGAUAAACUAAAUGACCACAAUGACUUGGUGGUGCAGGAGUAUGAGGUGGAUGCUGAGGAAACAUUGACUGACCAGGACAAGGAGAACUCCAACAAACGCCAGUCUAUUCAUAUGAAUGAUACGCCACGUGGAAGUUGGGCCAGCAGUAUAUUUGACUUGAAACAGUCUCAGGCUGACAGUCUCCUCCCAAACCUGUUUGACCGGGUCAGCUAUGAAGAGAUUGAUCAGAAGAAUGGAGAACAGAGACAAGAAAAUCGACAAGACUCACUUUUUAGUUUAUAUCAGAUGCAAGAAGAGGAAGAUUUGAUUGAGCGUCGAGCACCAGCACAGAUACCACAGGAACACUUUGGCCACAGGAUAUUGGUCAAAUGCAUCAACCUAAAGCUGGAGUUGGAGUUUGAGCCUCUGUUUGCUACCAUGGCCCUAUAUGAUGCAAAGGAGAGGAAGAAGAUAUCUGAAAACUUCUACUUCGACCUUAACCCAGAUAAUCUGAAGCAGAUGAUUCGUGGACAUACCCCAGCCCAGGAUGUGUCUACAAUGAGCAGAGCCUGUAUAUUCAGCAUCACUUACCCGUCACCAGAUGUGUUCCUGGUCAUAAGGUUGGAGAAAGUGUUACAGCAAGGUGAUAUUGGGGAGUGUGCUGAGCCUUACAUGAAGGAAGACAAGGCCAAGGAAGACAAACUACGUGGUAAUGCUGCCCAGUUCUGUGAGAGACUUGGGAAGUACAGAAUGCCUUUUGCUUGGACAGCUAUUUAUCUAAUGAAUAUAGUGAGUGGAGCAGGCAGUUUAGAACGAGAGGCCUCUGUGGACAAGAUAGAUACAGAUACCUACAGGACAGCCAGUUUAGACAGAAGAAGCUCUGGUGUACCUGGCCAAUAUGACAGUUUCCGUAAACGUGCUCGGGAUGAGAGUGCAUCUCGCCGUGGGUCCAUGGACAGAGGAAGACCAGGGUAUGAGAAGAGGGGUAGUUCUCCUGAUGAUUAUGGAUCAAGUCUUGACAAUUUCAGACCAGUUACUCUUACAGUCUCCAGCUUCUUCAAACAGGAGGCUGAUAAGCUGAGUGAUGAGGAUUUGUACAAGUUCCUGGCAGAUUUAAAAAGACCAUCCAGUAUAUUGAAACGUGUGAAAUGUAUUCCAGGUUCUCUGAAGUUGGACAUAUCAAUGUGCCCUGCUGAACCUCGCUACACACUAACACCUGAACUUUGGAAGGUUGAACCUUACCCGGAUGAAAAGAACAGACCCACUAAAGAAAUCCUUGAGUUCCCUUCUCGAGAAGUGUACAACCCUUAUUCCACCUACAGAAAUCUGCUGUACAUCUACCCCAAGAGCUUGAACUUUGCUAACAGGCAGGGGUCAGCCAGAAACCUAGCAGUGAAAGUCCAAUUCAUGAAUGGAGAGGAGGAUACAUCUGCCCUUCCGGUGAUAUUUGGAAAAUCUAACUGCCCUGAGCUGUCCAGAGAAGCAUACACUUCAGUGACCUAUCAUAAUAAGUCCCCAGACUUCUAUGAAGAGAUAAAAGUAAAACUUCCUGCCAAACUUACAGAUGGUCAUCACCUGUUGUUUACAUUCUACCACCUGAGCUGUCAGAACAAGAAAAAUGAACCUGUACCGGUGGAGGUGGCUGUUGGCUAUACUUGGCUGCCGUUGUGCCGAGAUGGCCGCCUGAUGGUCGGGGAGUUUAACCUUCCAGUAUCCGUUGACAAAUUGCCUCCUAGCUACUCCAUCCUGUUUCCAGAUACAGCUCUAACUGGGAUGAAGUGGGUAGACAAUCACAAAGGAUUUUUCCAGGUGGCGAUACAGUCAACAUCCUCUGUCCAUACUCAGGAUGACAGGUUGGAGAAAUUUCUAGCGCUCUGUCGCCUAGCACAGGAUCAGAAACUUCCUCCUCGUAAGAAUGAGGCUCAGUUUGAAAUGGAGCUGAAGUUUAGCCUGGGAGAGUUACACUUGGCCAAGGGAGAGAAUCUAGUCCAAUUUCUGCAUUUGAUACUGGACAAACUGAUUCAGCUUAUGGUGCGGCCUCCGGUCAUGUCUGGACAAACCAUGACCAUUGGGCAGUCAGUGUUUGAAACUCUGGUACAAAUAGUGAAGAAAGUACAUGAACUGUUGGAGGAAAAGAAUGAUCACAAUGGUCGGAAUUCGUUACUAGCUUCCUACAUACACUUCUGCUCAUCUCUCCCACAUCCAGGCAUGGUCCAUCAAACAACAUUACCAAACCUGAAUUCAUCCUCUGGUUACAACACUCUGGGGCGACCCUCGUCACUGCCAGUAUCUAAGCAGCCCUAUCAGAGAAGUAACAGCAACCCUGACCUAGCUGGUAGUACCCCCACUAGUCCAGAUAAUGAGGUUCAAGGCAUAGUUGGUGGCCGUUACCUGGACAGGACCGGCAGUAUGAGAGGUGACGACAUGAUGUCUCAGCUCUUCCCUAAGAUGAGGGGAAAGAAGACAGUACAUGAAGAGCUAAUUCUCCAAUGGUUGGUACUUAGUGGCCCUACUCGUGAAGUUGCGCUGGCUCACUCCUGGUUCUUCUUUGAGCUCAUUAUAAAAAGUAUAGCUGAACACUUGGCUAAGACUGACAGACUUAGUGCUCCACGACAGAUGAGAUUCCCAGACCACUUCAUUGAGGACAUCAACACUCUCAUCAGCACCUUCAUCCGUGACAUCCUGGAAAGAUACAUAAAGGAUCCACCACUGAUCAGAAGCCUCAACACAAGUUUGGCCUUCUUCUUACAUGACUUGAUAUCCUACAUGGAUAGAGGCUAUGUGUUCCAGCUGAUACGCCAGUAUUGCAAAACAGUUUCCGACCGUCUACGUACCUUGGCCGACAGUACAACUCUCAUGUUGUUGAGACUUGACUUUAUUCGUAUUGUCUGUAGUCAUGAGCAUUUCUUUCCCUUGAAUCUGCCAUUUGCUACACCUCUGACCCCAUCGGGGAACUCAUCAAGUCCCACUCCCAGCAUCUCUAGUAUCACUUCAGCCACCUCCUACACAUCUACAAGUACUCUGACAGACAAGGGGCGCUUCUACGAGCUCACACUGGAGUUCCGACAGCAACAUUUCCUAGUAGGCCUCAUGUUAUCCGACCUGGCUGUGGCUUUAGAGACGUUUAAUCCUGCCGUCCAUCAGCGUGCCAUUAACAUGGUGUGUAACAUGUUAUAUAACCAUGACCUUGAUGUGCGCUACACAGACCCAGAAAUGAAGAGUAGACUAGCAGCACUGUACAUGCCCUUAAUUGGCAUUGUAAUUGACGCCCUCUCACAGCUGUAUGAUCCGAGGGUUGAAGGCCGGUACAGGAAUUCAGGAAAUUUUGAUGAUGAUGAAGGAGACAAGAUCAGCCAUCGAGUUGCCAUGGCAAUAGCUGGUGGGGAGGGUGUGUUUGGAGGCAGAGUCUCAGAAACUCCACAUUCUAGCAACAACAAGACAAAGAAGUGUCCCCUGAGUGCAGAGUGUACCCGUAACCUGCUGAUCUGUUUUAUGUGGGUGCUGAAGAAUGCAGACCAAACAGUACUGAGGCAGUGGUGGACAGAUCUGAACAUAGGCGUCCUCAGCCAGCUGCUUGAGGUCGUCUACUUCGCCAUCUCGAACUUUGAGUACAAGGGGAAAUGGACAGUGGUCAACACGAUUAGGCCCCACCUGUCUGUAUCCACGGAAACACUGGCUGAUUGGCAGGAAAGUCCAACUAAUAUGGGCUCUCGACCUAAAAGUGCAAGUCUACCCAAAUCCUAUGAGCAGAUCUGGGAGGGCAUUCAGCGAAAAUCACAGGACCUUCUCAAAGGGCCCGGAUCCCUUCUAAACAGAAGUUUUAACAAAGACGACCCCUACAAUCAGGGAAAGAAGAGUCUGUCACACUGCUCACAGCAGACCCUGAAGAAGAGCGUAGAUAUGAAAUCUCGCCUAGAAGAGGCUAUACUUGGUAACCUCAAUGCCCGUACAGAGAUGAUGUUAAGGAGGAAACAAAUUCCUUACUCUCCAGGUGAUAGGACACCACCGUCUGGACCAGCAGGGGGAGAUAAUCGAUUACGAUGGAGGAAGGAUCAGCUCCAGUGGAAACCUACGUAUGAGACAUAUGACAGCUCUAAACCUAGGGAUAUUGAGGCUGACGCUCACAUAGAGGGAAACCUAGCCGCAGAAAUCAGCAUGAUAGCCCUGGAUACUCUCGAACUUAUUGUACAGAUAGCACAGUGCUUGGAGCAUAUCCCCUUGUUAAGUUGUGCAUUGAAGGUGCUUCUACAUGGCUUCAGUCUCAACCAGAGCUCUUUGGUCCUGGAGGCCAUGUUUGCAUCACAGCGGUCUCUUGUUACAAAGUUCCUCGAUCCACUGUUUGAGGAGGAGACAGAACAAUGUGCUGAUUUGUGUCUGCGACUCCUUCGCCACUGUAGUUCCUGUAUAGCCAACACUCGUUCUCAGGCCAGUGCAUCACUCUACAUGCUUAUGAGGCAGAACUUUGAACUCGGAAACAAUUUUGCACGAGUGAAAAUGCAGGUGACAAUGUCUCUGAGUUCACUGGUUGGACAAAACCAGAGCUUUAAUGAGGAGUUCCUCCGCAAGUCACUCAAGACCAUCCUUACUUAUGCUGAGGCUGACGUUGAUCUCCAGGAAAACACCUUUCCUGAGCAGGUAAAGGAUCUGCGAGGGAACCAUGCUGAAGCUGCUCAUUGCUUGAUCCAUGCUGCAGGCCUGAUUGCGGAGUACCUGGACAUGUUAGAAGACAAGCCUUACUUACCUGUUGGAUGUGUAGAUUUCCAGAAAAUAACACCUAAUGUGUUGGAGGAGAGUGCCGUGUCCGAUGAUGUUGUAUCACCUGACGAGGAGGGAAUCUGUACAGGAAAAUACUUCACUGAAAGCGGUCUUGUAGGACUACUAGAGCAGGCUGCCAGCUCUUUCUCCAUGGCCACUAUGUAUGAAGCCAUUAACCAUGUCUACAAGAUACUUAUCCCCAUACAUGAGGCACACCGAGACUUCAAGAAGCUGGGAGUCAUCCACAGUAAACUUCACGAAGCCUUCAACUCGAUCAUACGACAGGAGGGAAAGAGAAUCUUUGGCACCUAUUUUCGAGUUGGUUUCUAUGGCCACAAGUUUGGGGACCUUGAUGGUGAGGAGUUUGUUUACAAGGAGCCAGCUAUUACCAAACUGCCAGAAAUAUCACACAGACUAGAGAGUUUCUAUGGCGACCGGUUUGGACAUGACAAAACAACCACCAUCAAAGAUUCUAACACAGUUGAGAGAGAUAAACUGGAUCCAGGCAUUGCCAAUAUACAGAUCACUUAUGUGGAGCCCUAUUUUGACCUGUAUGAGUUUCGGGAGAGACUUACCUAUUUCGACAAGAACUACAACAUUAAGAGGUUUAUGUAUGCUACACCAUUCACUCUUGAUGGCCGAGCUCACGGUGAGAUCUAUGAACAGUACAAAAGGAAGACGAUCCUGACCACCAGUCAUACCUUCCCCUAUGUCAAGACACGUAUGGCAGUCAUCAACCGAGAGCAGGUUAUCUUGUCACCUAUAGAGGUGGCCAUAGAGGACAUACAAAAGAAAACGCGAGAGCUCGCCUUGGCUUUGGCGUCAGAGCCUCCAGACACAAAGAUUCUUCAGAUGGUGCUACAAGGUUGUCUGGGGACCACUGUUAACCAGGGACCAGCUGAAGUGGCCUUGGUUUUCCUCAAGCCUGUGAUGGAAGGCACUGCUGUAGCCACAAAACACCACAACAAACUCCGCCUUUCCUUCAAGGACUUCCUCAAAAAGUGUUCAGACUCACUACACAGAAACAAAACUCUUAUAACAUCUGAACAAAGAGAGUACCAGAGGGAACUAGAGAGGAACUAUCACUCUCUUAAGGAAAAACUUCAUCCUAUGAUUUCAUCAAAUGCAUCAACACUUAGAAGACCAAAACACCACAAAAGCCGAGGAAACAAGGAAUCUCCAAGUAAACAGAAGUUUUCCAGUACAGCACUUGUGUAACUUCACCAUCUUUUACCAGUGACAGUUUUAUAAGCGGUCUGUAGGUGACAACUAUGGGCCUAGUGCUGAUAUAAACUUAUUAUUGUCUGCUUAAUUAACAGCAGUGCAUUAUAUAGAACCAGGUCCAAAUAGUUUUAACAGAAGCCUUCAUGAGGUGAAGAACCAUUCAUCAUGUUUACAAAGAAAGCAUUGAUGUAGACUUUUAAUUCGCAGUAUUCAAGAGCUUCCCUUGAUUUAAAAUGUGUCGUGUCUGUGCUAUAUAUAGCAUUUUAUGUAGGCAUAUAAAAUAUGUAUUUGUACCAAUAUGGAACAAGCUGACAGCUUCCUUGGAAAUGUGAUAUGUUACUUAAAACUUUAUAUCCAGUCCCUGUUCAUACAUUGAUCAUGUGUGUCACCAUUAUGUAUAACAUUGUCACUACCUGUGUAGUGUGUUAUAGUGUUAAUGAUGAUUAUUUAAUGUGUUAUUGAAUUUAAUGUUAAUGUUUAACUCUCCCACCUCUUAAUGUGCAAGACACAUUCCUUUAACACCCAGACGAUAAUACGUCUAUCCCAAGGUUAGGGUUUACUCUAUCCUACACAAGUGGCUUCCCAUUCACAGAAACCAUUUCAUACUAAUACUGAUUAGGGCCAGAUAAAGAUAAAAGUUUAGUACUGUAUCUACUGAUGUUUUGUACUUCAUCAGCUGACGUUAUGUAAAAUGUACAGUUUAAACAAUAUUUAUUUUCAAAUAUACAGAACAUAGAUUUAUAUUGUACAGAAUAUAUGGUAGGGAUCUGGCAACAAGAGUAGGCUCUUAAUGAUAUAUUAAGCUAGCCAUCUCCGAAACAUUUAGUACUGUAUCGACUAGCUGAUGUAAUAUAAAAUGUUUAGUACUGUAUCGACUAGCUGAUGUAAUAUAAAAUGUUUAGUACUGUAUCGACUAGCUGAUGUAAUAUAAAAUGUUUAGUACUGUAUCGACUAGCUGAUGUAAUAUAUAACGUUUAGUACUGUAUCGACUAGCUGAUGUAAUAUAAAACGUUUAGUACUGUAUCGACUAGCUGAUGUAAUAUAAAGCGUUUAGUACUGUAUCGACUAGCUGAUGUAAUAUAAAAUGUUUAGUACUGUAUCGACUAGCUGAUGUAAUAUAAAACGUUUAGUACUGUAUCGACUAGCUGAUGUAAUAUAAAACGUUUAGUACUGUAUCGACUAGCUGAUGUAAUAUAAAAUGUUUAGUACUGUAUGUAUAGUACUGUAUCAACUAGCUGAUGUUAUAUUCAAUGUUUCAUACAACAUAAGCUGAUGUCUUAUAAAAUGUUCAGUACACUGUAUCAGCUGAUUUCAGUGAGAAACAGAAUUCAUUAUUUACUUAUACCUCUAAAUACAGUCAGCAUUUAACACCACCUCACUGAAAUAGUAUAUACUUAAGGAACUUUAAAAGAUUAAAGAAGAUUUUAGAAACUAGUUUUAAUUUUCAUAUACUUUUGGUAUAAUACAUUUUGUACAUUGUUUUUUCUAAGUAGUUAUAGUUUUUUUAUUAAUUUGUAUGUUUUCUGGAAAAAAAAUGUUGAUUCCAAUCUUAACAAAUCGCUUUGAAAGAGGUGGGAGAGAAAGUGUGGUAAAGAUAUAGAAGAGAGGGUUUCUUCACUCUCAAGUGAAAUCCCUAUCCCCUGUACCAAUAUAUUAUAUUUUAUCUAUUUAUCUAUUUUAACUAUUUAAAAAUAACUAGUCACAUUCACAAAGUGCAAUAAUUUUACAUUUUGUAAUUAAGAAACAUAUUCAAUUCAGUUUGAAUGUACAUUAACAUGAUGACAUAUACUUUGAUAUCAUUGACAUGAGGUGGAAUUGUACUUUGCCAUGGAGGACCUUAUUCUCAUUGUGUAAGCACUAUAUGCCUACAUGGACAAAAUCUAUUCUGUUUAUAUGUGGAUGGUUGUCCAUUUCCCUAAUUAUUCCUGAAUAAUGCAGGCAUAAGUUGUACCAAGCCAGAUUUUAACACUCCUCUUUAAGUCAACCUCAAAGAAAUUUCUAUAAUUUCAAGUCUGCUACGAACAUCAGUUGUAGUGAACUACUGUACACAUAUUUUAGUACACUCGGCUGUAGUGAACUACUGUACACAUAUUUUGGUACACUCGGCUGUAGUGAACUACUGUACACAUAUUUUGGUACACUCGGCUGUAGUGAACUACUGUACACAUAUUUUGGUAUACUCGGCUGUAGUGAACUACUCUACACAUAUUUUGGUAUACUCGGCUGUAGUGAACUACUCUACACAUAUUUUGGUAUACUCGGCUGUAGUGAACUACUCUACACAUAUUUGGUAUACUUGGCUGUAGUGAACUACUCUACACAUACUUUUGCUUGCUCAGAUUGUCACUUUCAUCAUAUUAUGACUGAUACAUAUUUACAUUCUUUCAUAACUACUCUCAUGCGAUUCACUCAUCACAGUUUUUGUUUAGUAUUAGAUACAUGUGAAGUCAACAACUGGAAAAAAGAUGAAAUAUCAAAUGUAGUUCUGCAUGAUCACACCAGUCUGAAUUUUUUUUUUUUUUUUUUUUGUCAAAAAGAACAUUGAAUGAGUCUGAUUUCGCUAAUAAGCCAUAAGUGUUCACAGAGCACUGCUUAUAAAACCUCUCUUGAUUGAUGAUGCAGAUGUUUUUUCACGCAAAUUUUUGCUUUCACAAUGCAUAAUAACUAGUAAUAUAUUAUCACUUUAUUGUACAGCAAUGUUUUUUUUUUUCCUUUUUUACUUUUCUGCUUUACAAAUUUAGUCAAGCAGAUCAAUAAGACCAGUGUCCACCAAAUAUUUCAUAUGUGUGUAAACUUUUAUUAAAUCCAGAUUAAAGGAGAAUGAAAGCUGAAAUAUGCAUUUAUCAAAUCUUACGGAAUUUAUUUGUAAUAGACAAAUGAAUAUGGAGUGAUAUUAUAUUGCAAUGUACUUUUUAUUACUGCUUUAUAAUGGACAAUAAACAUCUUCAUUUUUACAGGAAA